CUCGUCCGCAACGUGUGCAACGGGGUCAAUUGUGCGGUCUUGGCAUACGGACAAACGUCGAGUGGCAAGACCUUCACCAUGGGCAUAGGGAAAGAACAGCUUCACGCGCUACGGCAGGGCGAUGAGCAGGCUGUCGAAGGCCUGGUCGUACCCUUCGCCCUGCGGGAGCUGCUAAGGAACGUGGAGGAAGCGCGGGGAAAGCGGACCUUCAAGUUGCUGGUAUCGUUUGUGGAGGUGUACAUGGAGAAAUUCUAUGACCUGCUCGACGGAAGAAAGGUUGUGUCAGCUAUGACCGGGUACGACAGGGAGGUCAUGCUAGUGGGAGCAAAGCUGCGCCCAGUGGAAAGGAUGGAAGAUGUCAUCCGCUUACUGCAGAUCGGCAGUGACACUCGGAUUACGAAGGGUACUGCUCAGAACGACCAGUCCAGUCGCAGCCACGCAGUACUCACAAUCCACGUGCAAAGCUCCGCUGCUGAGGAGCUCCACUCCUCCGCCGCCGCCAUGGCGGCACCCCCGCUGGCGGCGAAGCUUCACCUGGUGGAUCUGGCUGGGUCGGAGAGCGUGGGGAGAGCGGGUGCUGUUGGACUGACCGCAAGGGAGGGAAACAGCAUCAACAAGUCGCUUAUGACUCUGCGGGAAAUCAUCCAGCUGCAGCUGACUUCACCGCUGCAAUGCGAAUCACAGGCGUCCAAGGCCAAAACGUUGUACCGGAACUCUAAGCUGACCACACUUCUACGCGACGCACUGGGGGGCAAUAGCUCUACUUUUUUUGUGGCAUGCGUUAGCCCGGCCGAUGCCAACACAGUCACGACCGUGUCAACCCUCGAGUUUGCGACGACUGCGCGCAGAAUUCGCACAAAGCCUGCGGUCAACAUCGGG